UAAAGAUUACCCACGAUGCCUCUGGCUGCCGCUGAUGAGCCCGUCUGCCCGAAGUUCCAGCCCAACAUCUUCGACUCCACCCGCUGCCACGACUGCUUACGACAGAAACACCUGCACAACACCUGCAGCGGCGGCGAGCUCGUGCCCGAGCCGCGCGCAUCUGCCGCGCACAGCGACGAGAAAGACACCAGCGCCAAGGAUGACUCAGAUGUGCUGUCAGUGGUCAGCAGCUACUGUGAUGUCAGCAAAGGGGGGCGGGGCUUUGAGGACAGCUCCAUCUGCAUCUUGAGUCCCGACUGUGACCUGUAUCUGUGUGACGGAGACGACGACCAAAGCUCAGACAGUCAGGGUGACGAUUCCAUAUACAGCAGCUCUACCGGUCCAGAGGAAUACUCCAAUCUCCUUCAUCAUCCGUCAUCCUGCCGUAGAAUGACCCGCUUGGAUCCGCCACCUCACCGGACAAGCCCCCGUGGCUGGACGGAGGUGUCUCAGAGUCGCGGUGAUGGUUUUGGCCAGUUCGGUUUUUCUCACGGCAGCGUGAAGGAACGGAGGGAACGAGAGAGUGGAUAUUUCUCUCUGGGAAGGGCUGCCGGUAGCAGAGCUCUCCGUGAUCAGAGUCCCCCUGCUCCUUAUCGGCAUUCUGAAAGAGGGCAUCCCCUGCCUAGCAACAAAAGCCCAGAACCCAAAGCCGCCAUUCCAUUUCGCAACCCAGAUCUGGGCCUCCCCUCGGAAAGGAGAACCUCUGAGUUUCAGAAUCCCGAGCAGCUCGCAGAAGACUAUCCUCCGCAGUAUCCUCCAGAUCCACUGGAUCUCAGCGUGGAGGUUGAGGCCCUUGCUGGUCCCCGAGCACUGAGUCCCACCCCUUUCAAACAAGCUGAAUCGAUCGGUGCCUCAAGUCGAAGAGGUGGACAAAAUGCCCACACGUCUCCCUUACGGCAGCCGGGAACGCUCAACUCUUCCCAAAGAGGUUCUGGCCUCUCGCAUACCUCCUCUCCCUCCCGUAGUACCUCCCCAUUCAGACGGGCUGAGUCCAGCUCCUCUCUCAACACGGCUGGCUUUCGGUCUAGCAUUGUUUCACAUGGACAAGAUCGGGCAACGAUCAGUCCAGCACGGAACAGUUACUCCGGAGGCUUGCAGAAAAACCUCAAAUCGUUUGCGAGCACUGCAGGCACCGUCAGUAAUGUCAGUAAGUCUCUGUCUUACAUGGAUCUGAGAGGCUCUUUACGGAAACCCGAUACCAACAGCUCCUUCACUGGGUCUACAGAAAACCGUGGAAGCUUGUCCCCUUCCAAACGGACUUAUGAUGGUCCUGCUGUUAGGAAAACUGAAAUGAAAAGCCCUUCAUACGAGCGUGGUCAUGACAGACAGAUUUCCUCCCCCUCAGUGGGCCGCUAUGAUUCAAGAAACCAGUCCCCUUCCAGACGGAGUUAUGAUAGUCCUGCUGUUAGGAAAACUGAAACGAAAAGCCCUUCAUACGAGCGUGGUCAUGAAAGACAGAGUUCCUCCCCCUCAGUGGGCCGCUAUGAUUCAAGAAACCAGUCCCCUUCCAGACGGAGUUAUGAUAGUCCUGCUGUUAGGAAAACUGAAACGAAAAGCCCUUCAUACGAGCGUGGUCAUGACAGACAGAGUUCCUCCCCCUCAGUGGGUCACUAUGCUUCAAGAAGCCAGUCCCCUUCCAGACGGAGUUAUGAUAGUCCUGCUGUUAGGAAAACUGAAACGAAAAGCCCUUCAUACGAGCGUGGUCAUGACAGACAGAGUUCCUCCCCCUCAGUGGGUCACUAUGCUUCAAGAAGCCAGUCCCCUUCCAGACAGAGUUAUGAUGGUCCUGCUGUUAGGAAAACUGAGACGAAAGGCCCUUCGUAUGAGCGUGGUCAUGACAGACAGUUUUCCUCCUCCUCCUCAAAGGGCCGCUAUGAUUCAAGAAGCCAGUCCCCUAAAGGGAGACUAGAGACAAAUGGCUCAUCAAGUCAGAUUCGGGAGGGUAGACGCAGUGCGUCUCCGGUCAGGAAGGGCUACGGAACGCCCAGCCAAUCAGACAGAGGAUCUAUGUCUAAUGGGUGGAGUCAUGCCAGAAACAGCCCCUCCCCAUCCAGGAAAAGUUAUGAAAUGCAAAGCCAAACCACUGUGAAAAAACCAGAAGCAAAGAGCUCCCUUCACAGCUACAACCGAGACAGCAGACACUCUUCCCCAAUUAGAGAUCGACACCAAAACCCUGGCUCAUCAUUGCUUCGUAAGUCCGAAAUGAGCCAGUCCUCAUCAAACCGUGGCCCCAAGAGCCGCAGUCCCUCCCCCUUAAGGUGGGCAAAUGACAACCCUAGCCAAUCUCUUCCCCGCAAGGCAGAGAGUGGACGUAGUCCCUCUGUAUCUACACUGAGGCGUGACAUUGCAGACCACAUCCCUCUCAGGAACACUAUGAGUGACAGAACUGGCUCCACCUCUUAUGUAAGAAACUCCACAAGUAACCAAUCACAGCAUGAUUCAAACCCUUCAUCAGGACGCUGGAGAGGCUCCACCCACUCUCUCAACAGCCAAUCAGUCUCACGUAACUCCUCCCCAUCAAGACACAGCGGUGAGAAGAAACAAAUCAGCUCCUUUCCAAAAUCUGUCCCUGUUGCUUGGGAAACACCCCAAGACGGAAGCAAGAGGAGCAGCAUGAGGCAGGUCCAAGAGGUGCAAAGCUCCAUGCCUAACAACCGGCGAGCGCCGAGCCGACACAGAAGCCCCUCCCCUCCAGUCGAAAGACACACGUCUUCCCAGAGCUCCAUGGACUCUGAGUCAAGUCAUCUUUCUGCCGGGUCAUCGGGUCUCAACCGGGAAGAAUAUGCCAUGAUGGCUGACCUUCCCAAGGUCAAAACAGUCUUCCAUAGGGAGAGCCCAAGCCACCUGGGGAAGAUCGAGAGCCGUCAGAAACGAGAACUUUCCCGCUACAAACCAGCCAGUCACUCCCAGAGCAAAUCUCCUCACUCGGAUUGGGACGAACUAGAGGACGAAAGAGACAGUGGUACACUAUCAAGGGCUCACUCGUCCAGCUCCCUACACACACAGACAGCGAGCAGCCCGGCCGUGGAGCAGAUACACCCGUCCCGAUCAUCAGGACAGAAGCAGAAAACACACAGACCGUCAGUGUAUUUCUCCUGCAGCGUGGAACAGGCGGAUGAAGAACCAAUGCAACAGCCUGACCUGCUGAACUUUAAGAAGGGAUGGAUGUCAAAACUGGACGAGAGUGGAGAGUGGAGGAAACACUGGUUUGUGCUGACAGACGCUGGCCUGAAGUACUACAGAGACUCUGCGGCGGAGGAGAGGGACGAGGUGGAUGGAGAGAUCGACCUGAAGUCGUGUGUGAAGGUGUCGGAGUUCGACGUGGAGAAGAACUACGGCUUCCAGAUACAGACGAGAGACGCCAUGUUCACGCUCUCGGCCAUGACGGCGGGCAUACGCAGGAACUGGAUCGAGAUUUUGAGGAAGAAUGUUCGGCCCGGCAGCUCUCCGGACCUCACGCAGCUGCCCAACAGCAGCAUUGAUAAGGAGAACGCCCGUCAAUCAUCGUCCCUCCGGCUGCGCAGCCAAUCAGAGGCCUCCUCCACCACCGCAAACCCCGCCCACAGCAAAUUCGACUACGUCGAGCUGUCACCCGUAGCCACGCCUUCUACUCCCCUCUCCGCCAAUCAGAGAGAGUCCGGGGAGGGGCAGGUGAGAGAGCACAGCCAAUGGCAGGAGGAGCGGCGGCGCGACAACGCCCACAACCAGUGGGAGGCGGUGCUUUCGCGGAAGGGGCCGGGCCAGCUGUCGGAACAGAAGCGGAUAGAGGAGGAGAUCGAGAAGAAGUGGGCGGAGUUUGAGCGGCUGCCACUCAAAGAGAUGAGGUCACUCCCACCGAUGGGCUCGCGGUCGGGCCCGUCAGCCAAUCAGGCUCUGGAGAGGGAGGUGGCGUCUCUGAGGCAGCAGCUGGCGGAGCUGAGGGCGGGGCGGGAGGGGUGGGCGGGGUCAGAGCGGAGGGCGUGCUGCGGGGCGGAGUCUCGCUGCGGGGAGAGUCUGCAGCAGAUGGAGCGCGUCCACAAGGAGGCGCUGGAGCAGCUGGAGCAGAGGCACGCGCAGCAGAUCGGCGCGCUGGAGAGGGAGAGAGACGCGCUGCUGAGGGAGGAGACGGACGCCACUGCACGAGUGAUGGAGGCGUUACAGAAAGCGCACAGAGAGGAGCUGGAGAAAACCGCACAACUCAAAGAGACACAUGGGAUGGACACACACACGCUUAACAAACAGCAACAGGCAGAGGUGGCGUCUCUGCGGCGGGAGCUCCAGGCUCUGUCGGAGCGGUUCUCCCAGAAGUGUCUGGAGCUGAAGCGAGCGCAGCAGCACCACGAACACACGGAGCGACAGAUGAGCCAGAAGGACCGGCAGGUGGAGCAGCUGAAGAGAGACAACCAGGACUUACAGGCCCGUCUGUCCGAGGAGGUGAAGGUCAUUCGCUCUCUGGUCACAGGUCAAGGGUCAGACACAGGGACUGACGGAGGUGACAGGUCAUGGUGUGAGAUGCAGGUGCUGCUGCGGGUGCGAGAGAACGAACUGCAGUAUCUUCACCAAGAGCUCAACAGCCUCCGCAACCAGAUGCACUUCCUCACCACGGAGAAGAGCAGCGUGUGCGAGCGCUACCGCGAGGUGUGUGAGGAGCUGAGCGCCAUGAAGAGCCGCAGCGAGCGCGAGGCCGAGGCGCUGCGAGAGCACCUGAGACUGGCCCUGAGCGCGCUGCACGAGCACGACAACAGCCUGCGCCACUGACGCGCGGUCACGUGACACUGGAACCCACCCGCGCUUCUGCACUUUCUCAUGUGUGUUUACGGGACCAAACUGGAACGCCUCGCUGUCGCUGGUGCGGAGGAGCUGAACACACACACGAACAAUCGACAAACUGUUAUAUCUGAUAGACAUCUGCCAAUCUAGUAUCAUGUGUGUGUGUGUCUGUGGAGGCUCGUUUCCACCGCGGGAUAAUUAAACUCGUAGCUCUGACUCCUUCUCUCGCAGUUAUAUCUGAGUUUGUGUCUAAUUAUGACUGCGAGAGAGAAAGUGUGUUGUUCAGGGGCGGAGACCAGCUUCCAUGUCUUUGUGCCACAAAAACAAACAGCUUUGCUUGAAUGAGCCAAUGUUUUUUAAAAGAUGUUUGUCUUUAUGUUGUCGUAUUUAAAUUUAGAGUUUUACGCAUAUGUACACAUAUCGAGCUAUAGCUAAUAAAUAUGGGUUAUUUGGUUCAUGGACUCUGAGUGUUUGUCAUUUCACUCUUAUCACUUUCAUUCACAAAUAAUAUUAUCCACAACAAUAUUCAAAGGUGAGUUUUCCUAUUAAGAAUCAGGAUUUUAAAAAAAUAUUUUUUACUAAUUUCUACCACAAAACAAAAAGAAAAAAGUAUGCUGACUAUAAAAAUGUCCGUAUUUUAAUAUUGUAUUAAUUAGUAAGACUUUUCUGUGUUUAAAUCAAACUUGAAAUGAGGAAAAUCACACUUAAAAGUUAUAAAAUGAGGUUUCCUCAUGUGUGCAGGCUUUAAAAUCUAGAGUUUUAGCUUACUUUAAUGUUUGUUUUGACUUUAAAUGAUCUUGAGAACACAAUUAUGACUUUAACUGACUAUAAAAAUGUCCGUAUUUUAAUAUUGUAUUCAUUCGUAAGACUUUUCAUGUCUAAAUCAAACUUGAAAUGAGGAAAUUCAUGCUUAAAAGUCACAAAAACAUGAAAUAGGCUAAUUAAAAUCUAGAGUUUUAGCUUACUUUAAUGUUUGUUUUGACUUUAAACGAUCUUGAGAACACAAUUAUGACUUUAGAUGACUAUAAAAAUAUCCGUAUUUUAAUAUUGUAUUCAUUCGUAAGACUUUUCAUGUCUAAAUCAAACUUGAAAUGAGGAAAUUCAUGCUUAAAAGUCACAAAAACAUGAAAUAGGCUAAUUAAAAUCUAGAGUUUUAGCUUACUUUAAUGUUUGUUUUGACUUUAAACGAUCUUGAGAACACAAUUAUGACUUUAGAUGACUAUAAAAAUAUCCGUAUUUUAAUAUUGUAUUCAUUCGUAAGACUUUUCAUGUCUAAAUCAAACUUGAAAUGAGGAAAUUCAUGCUUAAAAGUCACAAAAACAUGAAAUAGGCUAAUUAAAAUCUAGAGUUUUAGCUUACUUUAAUGUUUGUUUUGACUUUAAACGAUCUUGAGAACACAAUUAUGACUUUAGAUGACUAUAAAAAUAUCCGUAUUUUAAUAUUGUAUUCAUUCGUAAGACUUUUCAUGUCUAAAUCAAACUUGAAAUGAGGAAAAUCACACUUAAAAGUUAUAAAAUGAGGUUUCCUCAUGUGCGCAGGCUUUAAAAUCUAGAGUUUUAGCUUACUUUAAUGUUUGUUUUGACUUUAAAUGAGCUUGAGAACACAAUUAUGACUUUAGAUGACUAUAAAAAUGUCCGUAUUUUAAUAUUGUAUUCAUUCGUAAGACUUUUCAUGUCUAAAUCAAACUUGAAAUUAGGAAAUUCAUGCUUAAAAGUCACAAAAACAUGAGGUAGACUAAUUAACAUCUAGAGUUUUAGCUUAAUGUUUUUGUCUUUAAGUAAUCUUGAGAACACAAUUAUGACUUAUAUCCUACUAAUUAUGACAUACCAAGUCAUAUUUAUGAGGAAAAAAUUCGAUUUUUAUGACUUAAGAAAUAUUAAAAUCGACUUGUUUGUGUAUCGUAAGUUUAUCAGUGUUCCAGAUGUGCGCAUGCGUGUGUACAGUUCCACUCCGCGCCGGCAGGUGGCGGCGGGGGGAUUUGAAGCGCUGGCGCGCAUGCGCAGAGAAGAGGCAGAGGCGCAUGAUGGCGUCCAGCGCAGCGACCCGCACCGGCGCCGCCGCCGCUAAAGUCGUGAAACCGAUCUUCAGCCGCGACCUGAACGAGGCCAGACGGAGGGUUCGGGAGCUGUACCGGGCCUGGUACCGGGAGGUGCCGAACGCAGUUCACGUGUUUCAGCUGGACAUCACUCCGCGUCAAGGCCGAGACAAAGUGCGGGAGAUGUUCGACAGGAACAGACACGUGACGGACCCUCGCGUCAUCGACAUGCUGGUCAUCAAGGGCAAGAUGGAGCUGGAGGAAACCAUCAACGUCUGGAAGCAGAAAACUCACGUCAUGCGCUACUUCCACGAGACCGAGGUGCCGCGUCCCACCGACUUCCUCUCCAAAUUCUACCACGGACACGACCCUUGACCUCUGAUAUGUGUGUUGUCAUUUUCUGCUUCUGGACUGUAAAUACACUCGUGCUGAAUCUC